AUGACAAGUACGUCUGUAAAACAUCGUGAAUUCGUAUCCGAACCAAUGGGAGAAAAAGAAGUAACUGCUGUGGCAGGAAUUGGUCCAACAUAUGGUGAGAAGCUAACAAAAGCUGGAUUUGAUAAAGCGUAUGUGUUGUUCGGACAAUUUUUACUUUUGAAGAAGGAAAAAGAACUUUUCAUUGAUUGGUUAAAGGAUGUAGCGGGAGUUAGUAGUAACCAUGCUUUGUCAGCAUAUAAUUGUUUAAACGAAUGGAGUGAACAGUACAUCUAA